CGCGAUUGAGCUUGUGCUGCGUGCAUGCGGCGGUGCACCCGGCAGCCGCCAGCCGCCAGCCACCUCGAUACUUGUUGCAGCUGCCUACUCCCACUCUACAACAGCUCCAUGCACUCAGACUCCCGACUGCCCUGGUCGUCUGGCCCUAACCAACACUCGUGUCAUCGGCAGUCGCUGUAAUUGCAAGAUUGCAAAUCACCGCGUGACCUCGACCUGAGCAGGACAUCUCACGUGAGGUGCACAAUCCACUGCCACCCUUCUCAUCCCCUCGACAUCACCCCAUCUGAGGCGAAAUGACCUCGGUCGCACCCUCACAAGCGCCCAGCUCCUCACCUUUUGCCGAUGCAGCCGCAUCUGUAAGUAGGCUGAGCUCGUCAGCCGGCCCCUCUUCCGGUCCAUCUGCCAGCCUCGAAGGGCUGCGAAUGAAGCUGGCCUCGUUGAAAGCACAGAGAGCUUCUUUGAGGUUGGAAUUGGAAUCCGUCAAAUCUGCGCCCAUUCCUACUUCUUCACUUGGCAAAAAGGACUCGCCGGAAGAACAGUCUUUGGCAGAACAGCUUGCUCAGGCUGAAGAGAGUCUGGUGCUUUGCAGAACGCUUGGUUGGACUUGCUUUUUGGUCGACCUCUCGCCUGGAAGGAGGGCCAAGUCGCUGACGGGAGGUGGACACGUCGGCAUCGGAGCGAGAAUGGAAGCAUUUGUGAAUGGUCGCUUUCACAGCCCACACUAUCUCUUGUUUGGUCGAACACCUCCCCCAGUCGAAGCGAGAAUAACAUCAUCCACGAUAGAGAGCUCUUCACGAAGCUCUGGCGCUCAAGUCAGCUCAGCAGCAGGACCGUUCAGAUUGUUGAGGCACACUCUGCCGAGCUGCAUACCUCUCGCUCAGCUGGUCGACGAGUUUCUGCCGACAUCUUCCGCACCGCCGCAAGAUGAAGACGAGCUGAUGCAGGGAUGGAAUUUGGUCGGGUCUCUGAAUGCGAUCGGCGGAGGAAUAGAUACUUUCUUAAGUGCCGUGCAUGCGUACUUGCAAGCAUUCGUGUCACGAAGGCAGGCAUUCGCGUCUGUAUCGGCACAGGAAGAUCUGGAUGGGGACUACUACCCCCCCGAAGGAUACGCAUCGGCCUCGUAUACUUCUCUGCGGCUUGAAGCAGUGAUAGAUGAGAAGGAUGCGGAUGCACUGGCAGUCGAGAGCGCGCUCGGUGUAGCAGGCGAGCAAGAAUCCGCAAAGAGGUCGAGACCCACCGCUCCGUCUAGACAUGUCAGAGUGGACAUUCGCCUGACGCCACUCUCGGACAGAUUGGAAAAGCAGCAAGAUCAUCCACCCAAGCAUGCUGGGGACACUGCCGAGGCUACGCUGCGGGACGCUUCGCAUGGAGUCGGCGGUAGCAUCAGCGUGUUCAUCGUCGAUCCCACCGCUUCUCGCAGCCUCCGAGCGCAGAGACGUGCAGACCUCGAGGCUUUGUUCUUCAAGAGGGAGGAUGAUGAAGACGCGGAUACAGGCUCUCGCGACGCGCCAGGUUUCGAUCAAGCCUUUCAUCAAGUCUUGCGAACCAUCAGAGCUGAGAUCAAUUGAAAAUGCAAUACUGUGCUGAUGGGACGCCGAAGGGUCUUCAUCUUCAUGAACCCUGCGGUGGUGUCACCUCUUCGCUAUCUGCGUCCCUCUCUAAAUUCGGU